UUGUGUUUUCAUAUCUCAGAUAUCGUAGUCAAUCAAACAUUUAUCACAAAUAAAUAAAAUAAACAUUAUAUUGUUUGACGUACGAGUACGGUGUAAGACGGAAUUGCUAUUUAUAGUUGAUGCUAGUAUUAGAUUAAAUUUAGAAAUACUUGGUUCUUGUCAUUUAUUCUAACUACUUUUAUAUUUAUAGUGUUAACUGUUAACAUGCAACUGUGAUGUAAAUAUCUUGUUCGAAUCAUAGAAGUAUUGAAGGGUACCUUAAAGCGUAAUUUUAGGUAGACAGAUAGAAGAAAAAUCAGAAGCUAAUUAAAAUGUCUUUCAUAACUAAAAGUGCAGUGUCGUUAACAGUUUUGUCCUCGAAAAUCUUUCAAUGUUCAGGUUUUUUAAAUUACACAGUAACACGAAGGUACAGUAAUCAGAAGGAAGACAGCUAUGAUGUUGUGGUAAUUGGUGGAGGAAUCGUUGGAUCUGCAUCUGCCCGUGAAUUAAUAUUACGACAUCCGACACUGAAGAUAGCAAUUGUUGAGAAAGAAAAUCGUUUUGCAUGUCAUCAAAGUGGAAACAACAGUGGAGUGAUUCAUGCUGGUAUUUACUACAAACCUGGUUCAUUGAAAGCCAAGUUAUGUGUAGAAGGUCUUAAUUUAUCAUACCAAUACCUUGACAAGAAAGGUAUUAAAUAUUCAAAAUGUGGAAAACUAAUUGUAGCUACACAAAGGUCAGAAGUGCCCCGUCUUCUUGAUUUGUAUGAUAGGGGAGUUAAAAAUGGUGUUAAGGAUAUUAAGCUUAUGGAUUCUAAAGAGAUGCAUGAAUUAGAACCAAAUUGUAAAGGACUGGAAGCCCUGUGGUCACCACACACAGGUAUUGUAGACUGGGGUGAGGUAACUAAUUCUUAUGUGAAAGACUUUGAGGAAUGUGGUGGAAAGAGUUACCUUAACUUUGAGGUAACCAAGUUCAUUGAAUCAGAGGGUGCUGAGUACCCUGUUACUUUAAAUAGUUCAAAAGGUAACAAAAUAGAAGCUAAAUAUGUGUUGACCUGCUGCGGUUUACAAUCAGAUACAGUAGCAGUGUUAACUGGAUGCCCUGAAGAACCAAAAAUAAUUCCAUUUAGAGGUGAAUACUUGUACUUAAAGCCAAAUAAGAGUAAAAUUGCAAAUGCCAAUAUUUACCCAGUACCUGACCCAAGAUUUCCUUUCCUUGGUGUACAUUUGACACCAAAAAUCGAUGGAAGAGUUAUUGUUGGACCAAAUGCUAUUUUAGCAUUUUGUAAAGAGGGAUAUAGAUGGGGUGAUGUGAAUAUGAAGGAGUUAAGAGAAAUAAUUAAAUUCUCUGGGUUUCAAAGGAUGGCUCUGAAAUAUGCAAGUUUUGGGUUGAAGGAAAUGAGUAGGUCACUUAUUAUGCCACUCCAAGUAAUGCAAAUACAAAAAUAUAUACAAAAUAUAACUAGUGCUGAUGUGGAAAGAGGGCCGGCAGGAGUCAGAGCGCAAGCUAUGGCAAAAGAUGGUACAUUGAUAGAAGACUUUGUGUUUGAUUCACAACCUGGGUCUGGUGCGAUUGGUAGCCGAGUGCUGCACUGUAGAAAUGCACCAUCACCCGGUGCCACCUCAUCUUUGGCUAUAGCUAAAAUGAUAGCAGAUAAAAUGGAAGAAGAGUUCAAACUAUAGCAGGUUCUUUUUUUAGUAUAUUUUUAUUUAUUACACUAUUUACAAUAUUGUAAGAGCAACUUUUUUAAUAUGCUAUUAUUUUACAAGAGUCUGUAACAUGUAAUAUUCCAGACAGAAUGCUUAAUUUAAUUAGUUCAACUGUAAUGUUUUAUGUAUUUUUAACGACAGACAUCUUAUCUGCUUGUUGAUGACAAGUAUGUUUAUUAUGACUUAUAACACAGUUAUGUAAUAGUUUCUUAGUGAUAAAAUUCUUAUUUAACUAUAUAAAAACAUGCACACAAUACAGUAAACAAAUGCAGUGUAUGAAUGAUGUAUUUUUUUUAUUACUUUCCAAUCCAUUGCUGGAUGGAGGUAAACUAAACAAUGUUACCGUUCUUAAAUUUAUAGGACUUAAAACAAAUCCUAUUUUAUUAAGAGUAAAAUAAUAUAAGCAUAAAAUCAAUCUAAAUAGUUUUAGCUUCAUUAUUGGGAAUUGUAAUUAUGUUAUCUAGUCUUGUAAAUGCAAGUCAGAUUGUUGUUUCUUUCAUGUGGGUGACAUUUAAAUAUCAUUAAUUAACAUGAUUAUAUAGUUCA